AUGGGGCUAGUACCAGCUGGGAAAAAGAGAUACGUGUGGCCAUGGUGGAGCAAGAAGGCGGACCCGGAGCUGGAGGAACUGAGGAAGAAACUCGCGGACAUCUUGUCCGAGGAGAACGUCCGGGAGCAACUGUCCGGGUGGUCCAAAUCCAUCCAGCUGUCCUCCUUCGUUCCGAACCCGCACGCGCUUUCUGGGCGUCUCCACGAACGCUUCCUUGCCCGCCUUUACCAGCACCGCAAAAGAGAGAAAGGUAGCAGCGCGUCCUGCUUCUCCGGCUCCUCGAGCAACGAAGACAGCUUCUCCCUCCUUCGCUUCGUAUUCCACGGGACCCACAAGCGUAACUUGGACUCGAUUCUGCGCAACGGUAUGAUACGUUGGUAUCAGACCAAAGGGUGCGACUGGUUUGGCCUUAACCCAGAGACGUCCAAACCCUACUGCCGCAAUCGCUUUGAAGGCACGCUCCUGGUCUUCCUAGUUCUUCCGGUUAAGCGGGCUGUGAAGCGAGACGAUACGGACGUUUUAACGAUGAGGUAUGCAAGCUACCAACUGCCAAUCGGGACUGUCAAGUGGGUUUUAGACGCGAAGCGGCAGAAUAUACUGAAAAUCGUACCAUUUUUUUGA